AUGGCAUCAACCAUCGGCGCCGGCUCCAUGCCCACUCUGGACGUCCAGUCUGACACUUCUCGCCUUCGCCACAGAAAGCUCGCUCCUCUCGUCAUCGCAAUCCUCCUCGUAUCCGCCAUCGCCUGGGUUCUGUACCAAGUCUCCCAAUCAGCAACCAAGUUCCGCGACACGGCGUCCGAGCGCAUGGGCAAGAAGAACGUCGUCUUCACAAAAGACGGCAUGAGAGUCGGUGUAAGACAGGUACAGAACGAAAAAUACGUCGACAAGACCCAGAGCUGGGUCGUGAAAGCCUGGAACCUAGGCCAGCCGCAGCCAAAGUCCAAGGAAGAUUUGUCCAAGCGGAAGAAAUGA